AUGGGAUUCUAUCGUCAAUCAAUCUCCACGGGAUGGACCUUCCGGGACCGCGAUGCUGAAGAUUGGAUGCCUGUGCCAGCUGUGCCGUCCGUGGUGCAGCAGGAUCUCAUUGCCAACAAAAAGCUAGAGGAUCCUUUCAUCGGAUUCAACGAGCUCAAGGCCCGUUGGGUUAACGAGAGAUCAUGGGUCUAUCGCAACGUAUUCCAGAAACCAGACGCACCCGAGGGCGCUACCAUUGACUUAGUAUUCGACGGAUUGGACACAUUUGCCACAGUCAAGCUAGACGGAAAUGUCAUUCUACAGAGUGACAAUAUGUUCCUAGGUCAUCGGAUCAAUGUGACCAAGGCAUUGGAGGCAGAGGGCGAGCACACUCUCGAGAUUGAAUUCGACUGUGCAUUUCUCAAGGCGCGCGAGCUUCGGAAUUCUGAUACAACUCACAGGUGGGUAGGCUUUAACGGAGACCCAUCACGUCUAGCAGUGCGCAAGGCACAGUAUCAUUGGGGCUGGGAUUGGGGCCCUUUCUUGAUGACGGCAGGUAUCUGGCGCCCAAUCCAUCUUGAAGUCUAUACUGCCCGGGUCGUCAAUUUGUGGCCCCAGGUGCAACUGAGUGGGGACCAUGAGACUGCUGGAGUGACUGCUACUGCUGCGGUGGAAGCGGGGGAUAAUGGAAAUUACACUGCUCGUUUCCAGUUGACGCGAAAUGGCAAUGAAAUUGCAAGCCAGGACAUCCCCGUAUCUUCAGAACAUAAAGCCGAGGUUUCGUUCCGAGUGAACCGUCCCGAGCUCUGGUGGCCGCACGGCUAUGGCGAGCAGAAUCUGUACGAAGUAUCCGUAUCUCUCCUUCGCAGCGGAGAUAUUGUGGACCAGACUUCCAAGAAAUUUGGUAUUCGGACGGCUGAGGUGGUUCAACAGCCUGACAAACAUGGCAAAUCCUUUUUCUUCCGCAUCAAUGGGAUGGAUAUAUUCUGUGGCGGUUCAUGCUGGAUUCCAGCUGACAGCCUGCUGUCGAACGUCACUGCAGAAAGAUAUCGCAAAUGGAUUGAACUGAUGGUUGCCGGUCGACAAAUCAUGAUCAGGGUGUGGGGCGGUGGGAUCUACGAAGACGAUGCCUUCUACGAAGCUUGCGAUGAACUCGGUGUCCUAGUGUGGCAGGACUUUAUGUUCGGAUGCGGCAACUAUCCAACGUGGCCAAAGAUCCUCGACUCGAUACGUGCGGAGACCAUUUACAAUGUGCAGCGCUUGCGACACCACCCUUCGAUUGUUAUCUAUGCCGGCAACAAUGAAGACUAUCAAGUUCAGGAAUCAGAGGGCUUGACCUACAACUUUGAGGACAAGGACCCAGAGAGUUGGCUUAAGACUGAUUUCCCCGCACGGUAUAUCUACGAAAAAUUGCUCCCUGAAGUUGUCUCCGAACACUCGCCCAGCACAUUCUACCAUCCAGGCAGCCCGUGGGGAGACGGGAAGAUUUCGUCGGACCCCACCGUUGGGGAUAUGCACCAGUGGAAUGUAUGGCAUGGUACGCAGGAAAAAUAUCAAAUCUUCGAUACCCUGGGUGGCCGAUUCAACAGCGAGUUCGGCAUGGAGGCUUUCCCGCAUGUGUCUACGAUUGAAUACUUUGUCGAAGAUCCGAAGGAUCUCUUCCCACAGUCGCAUGUUAUCGACUUUCAUAAUAAGGCAGAUGGACAUGAAAGGCGAUUGGCCACCUAUUUGGUAGAAAAUCUGCGCACUGCCACUGAUUUGGAGACAUAUAUCUACCUGACGCAAGUCGUGCAAGCCGAGACGAUGAUGUUCGGCUACCGUGGAUGGAGGAAGCAAUGGGGCGAUGAGCGACACUGUGGUGGAGCACUACUGUGGCAACUGAACGACUGUUGGCCGACAAUCUCAUGGGCGAUCGUCGAUUAUUUCCUGAAUCCAAAGCCUGCGUACUACGCCGUCAAGCGAGUACUCAACCCGAUCGCGGUUGGAGUGCGCCGGGAGCAUCAUGAUUGGAGUGUCGCGCACGCCCAACCUCCUCAAACCAGCAAAUACGAGCUCUGGGUGUCCAGCAACCGGCCACAAUCCGUUCACGGCUGCGUGGAGCUCCGGUUCUUAUCCAUCAACACCGGCCAGGACAUCCGGCCGCCUAUCGUACGCGAGGACGUGCUCAUCACAGCGAACGGCACAACCAACAUCAUCACUGAUGGUCUGCUCGACCAUAUUGCUGAGCCAGAGCCCCAUGUUCUUGCUGCUCGCUUGUGGGUUGACAACAAGGUCGUGGCACGCGACGUCGAUUGGCCACAGCCCUUCAAGUACCUCGACCUCUCGAAUCGCGGCCUUGACGUUCAACUCCAGCGCGAUUCAUCAGAUCAGGCGCGACUAGUGAUUAACGCCCGCAAGCCCGUGAAAUGCCUUGUCAUCGAAGAGCAAGAAGGUGUGAAGCUGGCGGACAAUGCCAUAGACAUUGUCCCUGGGGAUGAACAGGUGGUUGUAAUUAGCGGACUGGGUAGUCGGUCGCUGAAAUACCGCUAUCUGGGUCAGGAAUCUUGUGGAUUUCUGGAGUAA